UUAUCCUCUCACCCCAUUCCACUCAAAAUAGCCGGGAAAAGAGGAAAAAAGAAAAAGGAAGAAAAAACUCUUUUACUUCUCCACAAUCAAAGCGAACCACAAAGAAGGGAUUAAACCCAUGGAUUCAGGUGCUGGGGAAAGCUCUGCUGCGGACGAAUACGAGUCGUUGAUGUCGACGACUGAUGCGGAGCUGUUGAAGAGCGCGUGGCGGAACGAGAAGGCGGCGCCGGAGAUUCUCAAAUUCGAUGCUGAUUUAGUUCAGAGGUCCCGCCAGCAGAUCCAACUGAUGGAAGAGAUGGUGGACGAGUUUAACAAAAAUGGUGUUGAUCCACUCACGGUGUCCCUUUACCAGAUGGACUUGGAUAGGACCAUGUUCCUGUUAAGAUCAUAUCUCCGCACUCGUCUUCAAAAGAUCGAAAAAUAUGUUUUCCACGUAGAGAAAACUGUGGAACUAUGGAACCGGCUUUCUAAACAGGAACAAAAGUUCGCCCGGAGGUGUGCUGGAGACCUGAAACAUCACCUAGAACAAUCUGCGCUCUCAAAAUUGCCAGAUCAAUACCAAUCUCAUUUAAGGCAAUCUGCGGCAAGUGAAGACGACGACAUGAUUCCAGAGCCACAGCUGGACAUCUAUGUUGUCUGCAGAAGCAAGAGAUAUUUAGGAGCCUUCCAGCUUGAUGACGGGGGGGAGGAGCCUGUUAACAUUGAGGCUGAUGAUUUAUAUGCUCUACCAUACAAGUCUAUAAAGCCACUCGUGGAGAGUGGGCAAAUUGAUCUAGUCUGACUGCUUUAAAGCUGCUGGUGUCUGAAAAUGAAUGCCCUCAAGUUAUUGCAGCGUAUACAUGAUGUUAUGACUUGUGCUUGUAGUGGCGGCAAGAUCUUAUAACAAACAUCAAGUUCUUUUUCACUGUGUGCUGCACCACAUAAAAUGGAAGCAUAUUAGGCAUUUGUUUUCUGUUGAAUUUCCACCGUCUCACCUAGUAGUCCAUUAGUUCUCACUUCUCAAGCAUGGCUCUAUGAUUGCGCAAGAGAUUAGAACGUGGUAGGUUCAUAUAAGUUGAUUAUAUGAGAGCAUUUCUGCAGCAUACCUUACAACCUUGAUAUCCAUCAAUUUCCUCGUGUUUCUUAUGGCCCCAAUGAUGCUUAAAUUAAUUACAAGGUAGGUAGGGCAGUUUCUUGAUGAACAAGACGACUACCUUUGACCCGUAUGGACUUUUUUAUUUUCUUGUUCCAUAUAUCUUUCAUAUUGUAUAUACCUUAUUGUCAAACAACUCGUGCUAGUAUUUAGCUAACCCUUUACACAUACCAAAAGCCGUGAAGAACCGAAACAUUUGUUUGUCAUAUUUGGCUGACACUCACUCAAAACAUUCUGGAGUCUUCCACUACGAUGAGAUCAAAACAAUAACGUAAAAAUGGCACUCGGAUACAACGAAGUCAGCUAAUGCGAAAAAAUAAUGUCUGAGAGAAAUUACACUACAAAACACGGAAUAAUUUUCAGAGAAAUGUUCUUUGGGUUCUCAGGCCCCCAAAUCAAGCCACGAAACAUUGUUCAACAAUUUUUAAACAAAAAAGAAAAAGAGGUCGAGUAUGCAGACAAAAGUUCCAGCAAAUGACAGUACACUGCUAUUUCGAAUUUUCUAGCACACCGACCGAGAAUGAAUACUACAAAGCAAAA